AUGGGAUCGGCAGUUGAUAAUAAAGAUGUCAAGGGUAUUUUGGGAAAGUCCCCGUUAUCACAAGUUGCACCUGUUAUUUCAGGUACCAAUUUAGUCUCUGAAGAUAAUCUUAUUAAUCCAAUUAGUAGUCCUAUUAAUUGUAUUGAUGAAGAUAUGAAAGAUUCACUGAAUGAGAAUGGAAAUUUGGAAGCUGAUACUGGUAAUGAUAUGAAGAAGGAACAGGGAACUAACUUUUUGAACAUGGAUUUUACCAAACCUGUUGCAUCCCCUGCAGCUAAGUUAGUUAGUGAUUAUAAUAAAAAAAUCUUAUGCUCGUAUGGUUGA